GAAAGGAACCUUAUAAACCCCACCAAAUGGGGGAUUUCAAAUUCCAUACAUUCAACACUUUUGGUACCAAAAUCUUUUCGGCAAUGGCGGAGUUAGAGAACCCAAACACGAUGCCGAAUCUGCUAACGUUUCUGUCCUCUCUGCUGGAAGAAGUGGCUGAAUCCAAUGAUGCGAGCUCUGGGUUUAAGGCUCAGCAGAUUUCGGUGUUUCAGGGGCUAACUCGGCCGAGUAUCUCGAUUCAGAGCUACCUGGACAGGAUUUACAAGUACGCAAAUUGUAGCCCGUCUUGCUUCAUUGUUGCGUAUGUUUAUCUUGAUCGGUUUGCUCAAAGGCAACCCUCGUUGCCCAUCAAUUCUUUCAACGUUCAUCGGCUGCUUAUUACGAGUGUCAUGGUUGCUGCUAAGUUCAUGGAUGAUUUGUAUUACAACAAUGCUUACUACGCAAAAGUAGGAGGAAUCAGCACGAUAGAAAUGAACUUCUUGGAAGUGGGUUUUCUGUUCGGGUUGGGUUUCAACUUAAAUGUAACCCCAAAUACCUUCCACGCCUACUUCUCUUACCUACAAAGGAAGAUGAUGUUGCAGCAACCUCCACCACCAAGUAUUCUUGCAGAAGCAUCCCAUUCCUGUUUCGGUGAAGAAGAAAACUCUCAUCAAAACAAACAAUUAGCUCUCAAUUGUAGUUAAGAUGUGGGGAUAGUCACUUGUUCAAGCAUCACUCAAAACCCUAAUCUUCUCUCUGGGUUUUUUCUCUGGUUUUGGAUCUCUGUGUAUGCAUGGAUGAGUUUGUUCUUUACAGUCUGGAAUUAAUUUCUCAAAGUUUCUUUGGGUUUCAUGAUAUUAUUAUCUAUGUAAGCUAAGAUUGGAAAACUUUUGAUGCACAUGUGGUUAGAUUUGAACGGCAUUUGGUUGGAGUCGGACCAAAUUAAGAAGGAAAAUUGUAUGUGUAUAAGUAUAGG